UUUUUCUACUACUGGAGCUGAGCCAUGGUUGCAGCUUGCUCCUGUCACUGCUGAAAAAGAAAAGUGGUUCCCUUCUACUGAGGACAAGCUGUUUUGUUGGUAAUUAUUGUAGUGGUUAGUGGAUACUAGUUACACACAAAUUAAAUGGUAAUUUCAAGGUAAGGAUCUGAUGGCUAAAUAUUUUGCUGUUGGUCUUUACGCGUCAGGUCCCCGUGAAUGGAUUGAUUAAUGUAGUUAAGAAAACAGUUACUGACAUAGUACUAACGUGAUAAAAGGCGGUUACAAAAUGCUUAAUACGCGAAUUUACAGUAUUCCACUACCGAUGCGCUCUAACGCUUUUUGGACAAGCUACGAGAAGUGCACAAAGUUAAGCGUAACCGUGUCAUAGCUGGCAGAGAAAGUCCCAUGGAGAGAAAAAAAUUUUCCAGUUAGUUCUGCAGACUAGUGGUUGUGCGGAUUUGAUUGUGGCUCCAAUGCUAAAUGGAUAAGUGAGUCAGUUACUGUCUCCAAAGACAGAUUGUGUCGCAAAGGUAAAGGAAGACAAGUGUGACAGAGCAAAAGAAAACCCGGAAUGUGAAUAAGCUAAACAUACAUUCCCUGUGUCACUUUGCAGAUUGUGGGUGCAAAAUGUGAGUAGUGCUCUGAUUCCCCUGAAUGGCGUGGUGUCUGAAAGUGUUUACUAUCCUUUCUGUCUGAAAGUUAGGAUAUACAUGCUUGCGUUCAUCCUUGGGAAAAGUUGCCCCAGUAUACUGAGGAUGAUAGGAUAUAGGAUUUCCAUUUGGGGAUGCUGUGCUUCUCCACCUAAAUCAUUCUCAGUUUGCGGUACCAGGCAAUAGUUUGGUAAUUAGGAUGUCAAACGGAAGUAGUACUUUCAACUGCUCCUUGAAUUGCAGCCAGGACUAUUUGGACUACUACAGUAACUGGUUUGACUAUCCAUUGCAUCUUUUUCCAAUACCAGUCUUAACUGGGAUAACGGCGACUUGCAUCUUACUGUUUAUUAUUGGCGUAUGGGGCAAUAUGAUGACGAUCUUGGUAGUCAGCAAAUUCAAAGACAUGAGGACCACCACUAACCUGUAUUUGUCUAGCGUCGCUUUUUCUGACAUCUUAAUAUUUCUUUGCAUGCCUCUGGACUUGUAUCGACUCUGGCAGUACAGACCUUGGAAUUUUGGGGGCAUCCUCUGCAAGCUUUUUCAGUUUGUUAGCGAGAGCUGCACCUACUCUGCUAUUCUCAACAUUACUGCACUGAGCGUGGAAAGGUACUUUGCCAUCUGUUUCCCCCUGAAGGCUAAAGUUGUUGUUACCAAGGGACGGGUGAAACUGCUUAUCUUAUUUCUCUGGGUGGUGGCUAUUGUGAGUGCUGGACCCAUCUUUGUUUUGGUUGGGGUGGAACAUGAGAAUGGCACAGAUCCCCUAGUUACCAAUGAGUGCAAAGCUACAGAGUAUGCCAUGAGGUCGGGACUUUUAACUGUAAUGGUGUGGCUGUCUAGCGUCUUUUUCUUCCUGCCUGUCUUUUGUUUGACUGUGUUGUACAGCUUAAUUGGGAGAAAGCUUUGGAGAAGAAAGCGUGAAACCGUAGGACCAAAUACUUCAGUGAGAGACAAGAGCAACAAACAGACCGUGAAGAUGCUAGCUGUGGUAGUAUUCGCCUUUGUGCUUUGUUGGUUGCCAUUUCAUGUGGGUCGGUAUCUGUUUUCUAAGUCAUCUGAAGCUGGAUCCUUGGAGAUGCUCCAAAUCAGCCAGUACUGCAACCUGGUGUCAUUUGUCCUGUUUUACCUUAGUGCUGCAAUAAACCCAAUUCUAUAUAAUAUAAUGUCCAAAAAAUAUCGAAUGGCUGCUUACAAGCUAUUUGGAAUCCAACUGUCUGCACAGAGGACAACGUCUACCACUAAGGAUGAAAGUUCACGUGCCUGGACAGACUCUAGUGCUAGCACAUGAUAAAGGAAAAUUAUAAUUGUUGUGGUAAAUGGUGAUAGUUUGAUUAUAAGCUGCAAGGCCAUAAUGCAGCAGGUAAAUAAAAUCAUGAGUCAUGAAUAAACUGUACAUACAUAUUUAUAUGUUGUAAGUUGCUGGCAAACAUAUAUGUAUAUCUAUAUUUAUCUGUACUGUAUAUUAGAAAUCUGGUGUAUUCAGCUAAAAUAAAAAGUGAGAGUCUAAUAAAAGUCAAUAUGUAUUUAUUAUA